GGCCACGUUCAGCGGACACGGGAGCAAGAUGGCGAUUCCGGGCAGGCAGUAUGGGCUUAUUUUGCCAAAGAAAACACAGCAGUUGCACCCUGUUUUGCAAAAACCAUCAGUGUUUGGGAAUGAUUCUGAUGAUGAUGAUGAGGACACCUUGCAGUAAAUCCAUCAGGAAGUUGCUGUUUAUCAAGCACAGACCCUCAUGGAAGUUCAUUGAGCAAACAGAUGAGGGCUGCCACCUCAACCUGGCUAGACUGCUGCUCUGAUGUUACCUUCAGCACUAGAUCCAACCUCCCUAACUUGUAGAACCUCUUCAGAGGGAGGGAGCCUGACUUAAGAGGAAUUGGAAGCUGAGUAUAACCAAUUUUUUAUAUAUAUUUGGCCUUUGAGUACAUAAGAUUUAUUUCCACAAAUUUACUAAUUAUAUUUAAACUUUUACUGGUUGUUUUGUAUUUAGUCAUCACAUGUUGUCUUAUUAGUGGGAGAGGAACACAAGAGAGUCCCUGGGCAAUGGAAGUAAACUGGUCUAGAAAUGUGAUAAUUCAAAAAGUGGAGAAUUCGGGUUUCAGUAAACAAUUAAAUUUUGUUAUUGAUACAUACUAUUUGUAUAUAUUUAUAGGAUACGUGAUAUUUUUACAUGCAUAGAAUGUGUAAUGACCAAAUCAAAGUAUUUAGGCUUUCUGUCAUCACUAGCAUUUAUCAUUUCUGUGUUGAGAACAUUUCAACUCCUCACUUGUAGCUAUUUUGAAGUGUACAGUACAUUGUUGUUAGCUAUAGUCACCCUACUCUACUAUCGGACAUUAGAACUUACUCCUCUAACUGUAUGUUCGUACCUAUUAGUACCCAUUAACCAACCUCUCUUUAUCUCUCCCCUCCCCCAAGUCCUUCCCAGCCUCUGUUCACUAUCAUUCUACUCUCUACCUCUAUGAAAUACAUUUUUUUAGUUCAUACAUAUGGGUGAGUACAUGAGAUAGUUGUCUUUCUGUGUCUGGCUUAUGUUACUAAAGAUAAUGACCUUCAGUUUCAUUCAUGUUGCUGUAAGUGAUAUGAUUCCAUUCUUUCUUUUUUUUUUUGAGAUGGGGUUUCACUCUUGUUGCCCAGGCUGGAGUGCAAUGGUGCAAUCUCGGCUCACCGCAACCUCCACCUCCUGGGUUCAAGCGAUUUUCCUGCCUCAGCCUCCCAAAUAGCUGCAAUUACAGUAGAGACGGGGCUUCAUCAGGUUGGCCACGCUGAUCUCAAACUCCUGAGCUCAAGUGAUACGGCUGCCUCAGCCUCCCAAAGCGCUGGGAUUACAGACCUCUGUGAGUGAAAGCCUUCAGAGGGAAGCUGCUAAGAAGCAGGCCAUGAAACAGGCUGGAGUGCAGCGGCACGAUCUCAGCUCACUGCAACCUCCACCUCCUGGAUUCAAGCGAUUUUUCUGCCUCAGCCUCCUGAUAGCUGGGAUUUCAGACCAAACUGGAAAUCCAGAAGGCCCUUGCAGAAGAUGCUACUGUGUAUGAAUAUGACAGUAUUUAUGAUGAAAUGCAGAAAAAAAAGGAGGAAAAUAAUCCCAAAUUGCUUUUGGGGAAAGACAGAAAGCCCAAGUAUAUUCACAACUUGCUAAAAGCAGUUGAGAUCAGAAAAAAGGAACAGGAAAAAAGAAUGGAAAAGAAAAUACAGAGAGAACGAGAAAUGGAAAAGGGGGAGUUUGAUGAUAAAGAAGCAUUUGUGACAUCUGCAUAUAAGAAAAAACUGCAAGAGAGAGCUGAAGAAGAAGAAAGAGAAAAGAGGGCUGCUGCACUGGAAGCAUGUUUGGAUGUAACCAAGCAGAAAGAUCUCAGUGGAUUUUAUAGGCACCUAUUAAAUCAAGCAGUUGGUGAAGAGGAAGUACCUAAAUGCAGCUUUCGUGAAGCCAGAUCUGGUAUAAAGGAAGAAAAAUCAAGGGGCUUCUCCAAUGAAGUAAGUUCAAAAAACAGAAUACCACAAGAGAAAUGCAUUCUUCAAACUGAUGUGAAAGUAGAGGAAAACCCAGAUGCAGACAGUGACUUCGAUGCUAAGAGCAGUGCGGAUGAUGAAAUAGAAGAAACUAGAGUGAACUGCAGAAGGGAAAAGGUCAUAGAGACCCCUGAGAAUGACUUCAAGCACCACAGGAGUCAAAACCACUCUCGGUCACCUAGUGAAGAAAGAGGGCACAGUACCAGACACCACACGAAAGGAUCACGAACGUCGAGAGGACAUGAGAAAAGGGAAGAUCAGCACCAACAGAAGCAAUCCAGAGACCAAGAGAACCAUUACACUGACCGUGAUUACCGGAAAGAAAGGGAUUCUCAUAGGCACAGAGAGGCCAGUCAUAGAGAUUCCCAAUGGAAGAGGCAUGAACAGGAAGAUAAACCAAGGGCGAGGGACCAAAGAGAAAGAAGUGACAGAGUAUGGAAAAGGGAGAAAGAUAGGGAGAAAUAUUCCCAAAGAGAACAAGAAAGAGAUAGACAACAAAAUGAUCAGAACCGACCCAGUGAGAAAGGAGAGAAGGAAGAGAAAAGCAAAGCAAAGGAAGAGCAUAUGAAAGGAAGGAAGGAAAGAUAUGAAAAUAAUGAUAAAUACAGAGAUAGAGAAAAACGAGAGGUAGGUGUUCAGUCUUCAGAAAGAAAUCGAGACAGAAAGGAAAGCAGCCCAAAUUCUAGGGCAAAGGAUAAAUUUCUUGACCAAGAAAGAUCCAACAAAAUGAGAAACAUGGCAAAGGACAAAGAAAGAAACCAAGAGAAACCCUCUAAUUCUGAAUCAUCACUGGGAGCAAAACACAGACUCACAGAGGAAAGGCAAGAGAAGGGUAAAGAACAAGAGAGACCACCUGAGGCAGUGAGCAAGUUUGCAAAGCGGAACAAUGAAGAAACUGUAAUGUCAGCUAGAGACAGGUACUUGGCCAGGCAGAUGGCGCGGGUUAAUGCAAAGACCUAUAUUGAGAAAGAAGAUGAUUGAUGGCUACCCCAAGAGAAAGAUUUAAGGAAGCACAGAAAACUGUAAUUCCUGGAACCUGCUGCGUAAAACCAUAAAGGAGUGUGUUACCAGUAGUUUGGAGGGCAUUUUUAAAUUUAUUUUCAAAAUUUUAAGUUAAAAGUCAGUCUUACAGCUUGGAUGUUUGGAUGUGGAUGUUUGGCUGAAUUUAUAUAUAGUGUGUACUCAUCAAUACCACAUUCUUUGUUGUAUUCAAGAACCGUUAAGAGUGUGCUAAUUCCCUGUAGGUACAUAAUGAGGAAAAUUUGCUCCACUACAACCAUUAAAAAAUAAUUUUGGCCAGAUACGGUAGCUCGUGCCUGUAAUACCAACAUUUUGGGAGGCCAAGGCAGAAGGAUAUUGAGGCUAGGCAUUCAAGACCAGCCUAGGCAGGAUAAUAAGACCUUGUCUCUAUUUAAAAAACAAAAAGCCUAGCAUGGUAGUCCAUGCCUGUAGUCCCAGCUGUUCGAGAGGCUGAGGCAAGAAGAUCACUUGAGCCUAGGAAUUUGAUGAUACAGUGAGCUAUGAUCAUACCACUGCUCUCCAACCUGGGCAACAGAAUGAGACCCUGUCUCUAAAAAAAAUUUUUUUAAAUAAAUAAUUUGACUCUUCUAAUAAUGUUUUGUUGCAGGAGCUGUAUUUCAGAUAAAAUAUGGAUUUGAAAAACAGAAAAUAUACUUUAUGUUCUGAAAUUUGUAUUUAAGUAUAAAAUGUGAAUCAUCUUGUCUAAAUAGCUUACAGCAUAGUUGGCUUAAAUGAAAAUAAAAUGAUAUGCUUAUACAUUUUA